UUGGCUGUACGAAAUAACGUAGACAAAUGGCGGCUGUGUAGGUCAGUGGAGAGUUUGUCGUCGUUGCAAUACACCCAAAAGGCUCAUCGACAAGUCCCCAUUUUUGGAUCAAAGAAAAGUCUCCUUAAUUGAAGAAGCUCGCCGGCGCCCAAAGACGGCUGAGUGGCCCAUGUAUCCGUCAAUUGCCCACUUUGUUGAAGAUGCAGAAUGUGGUACAGAAUUCUGCUUCUGAAAGUGUAGGGAACUGCGUGAAACAGCACGAGGUCGGGCAUCGUGCAUUGGCCAACCCAGCAGCAGCAGCCACCCCUGCGACGUCCGCUGCCAGUGCAAAGCCGAGCAAGCCUAGCCAAGGCAAUUCCGUCCCGAAGAGCAAUCACAACGCGGGCAGAAGCAACAACCACCCAACAUCAACUCAACUUCAUCAUCAGCCUCCACCUCCCAAUCUGAAUCACAAGACUGUUACUGUGACAGACCUAGCCAACUCUUGUUCAACAGCCCUAGCUACAGAGAUAGCUAUCCAGCAAGUCAAGCAGAGCCGAUCAUAUCAUCAAUAUAUGCCUGACUCUUCUGAUAGUGACAGUGACGACGUCCUUUCGGUGGAAUCUUUUUUUGUGGAGGAGUCGGAAGUGGAGGGCUGCGCGGACGACUGCCGAUGCCCCUCGACUUCGGCCUCGUCGCUGGACGCGCCGCGAUUCCUGCUGGCCGCCGCCGCCGCCGCUCAACACGACGGCCAUAGCAUCGGCGAACUACCCCGCAUCGAUCCCGACACUCAAGCCAGGAUCGAAGCUCUCCUCGAGGCUGCAGGAAUCGGCAAGCUGACUGGAGGAGACAGCAAACGACUCGGUGAUCAAGAAGUACUCAGUCGAUUAACUUCGAGCGUCUCUUGUGCGCUAGACGAAGCCGCCGCCGCCCUAACUCGUAUGCGCUCUGAAAACUCGAGCAAUUUUCAUCAAGAAGCCCGGUCGUUGGUGGAGGCCUGCACGGACGGCGACGUUUCCGCCGUGCGGCGUUUGCUAGACGAAGGACGUAGCGUUCACGAAACCACGGAGGAAGGCGAGUCAUUGUUGUCGCUGGCCUGUUCGGCCGGCUACUACGAACUGGCGCAGGUGUUGCUGGCCAUGCGGGCCAACGUGGAAGACCGGGGCGUCAAGGGCGACUGUACGCCGCUGAUGGAGGCGGCUUCGGCUGGUAACGCGGACAUUGUCCGCCUGCUGCUGGAGCACGGUGCCGAAGUCAACGCCCAGUCGUCUUCGGGCAACACGCCGUUAAUGUACGCCUGCGCCGGUGGCCACGAGGAGGUAGUUACCCUCUUACUGGAGGCCAGCGCCAACGUCGAGGACCAUAACGAGAACGGGCACACGCCGCUGAUGGAGGCCGCCUCGGCCGGCCACGUUGGCGUGGCCAAGAUCCUCCUGAACCACGGUGCUGGCAUCAACACGCACUCUAACGAGUUCAAAGAGUCGGCCCUGACGCUGGCCUGCUACAAGGGCCACCUGGAGAUGGUCCGAUUCCUCCUGGAAGCCGGUGCCGAUCAGGAACACAAAACUGACGAGAUGCACACGGCCCUUAUGGAAGCCUCGAUGGACGGCCACGUCGAGGUCGCCCGGCUCCUACUAGACUCAGGAGCUCAGGUCAACAUGCCGGCCGACAGUUUCGAGUCUCCCCUGACGCUGGCCGCUUGCGGUGGCCACGUCGAGCUAGCCAUGCUUCUCCUGGAACGCGGAGCCAACAUCGAAGAAGUCAACGAUGAAGGCUACACGCCUUUGAUGGAGGCUGCCCGAGAGGGACACGAGGAAAUGGUUGCGCUGCUUCUUAGUCAGGGCGCCGAUAUCAACGCACAGACUGAGGAGACGCAAGAGACGGCCUUGACUCUAGCCUGUUGCGGAGGCUUCUCCGAAGUGGCCGAUUUCCUCAUCAAGGCCGGUGCUGACAUCGAACUCGGCGCUUCUACACCACUCAUGGAAGCAGCGCAAGAAGGCCACCUUGAUCUGGUCCGUUAUCUUCUAGAAGCUGGCGCCAAUGUUCACGCUCAAACGGGAACAGGGGAUACUGCUUUGACUUACGCGUGUGAGAACGGACAUACGGACGUGGCUGAGUUGCUUCUGCAGUACGGCGCCGAUUUGGAACAUGCGUCUGAAGGAGGCCGUACACCUCUUAUGAAAGCCGCCAGGGCUGGUCACCUCUGCACCGUUCAAUUUCUCAUUGCUAAAGGAGCUGACGUUCAUAGGCAAACUACCAACAAUGAUCACACCCCGCUCUCUCUGGCUUGUGCCGGCGGUCAUUUGGCCGUGGUGGAGUUGUUGCUCCUCCACGGAGCCAACCCGUUCCACCGCUUAAAGGACAACUCUACGAUGAUCAUAGAAGCGGCCAAGAGCGGGCACACUCAAGUGGUGCAGUUGCUGCUCGACUAUCCCAGUUCCAUCCUGGUGACACCCGAUCAAGCCCAACUACCACCGGGCAUGAACUCAAGUGGCCAAGUGGUCCCUAUCGCAUCGGAGGAUUCGAUUGUUCCAUCACCUGCAGUAGUCACAGAUUCAGUUCCUACGCCGGCGCCGCGAGUGCCGCCCGUUGGAGGAGUGGCCACCACGACGGCCCCUGCACUGGGAGGACGACCUGAACCACAGGGAGCAGUUGCCGCUGCCUUAACCAGCCUUCUUCCGCCCAAUACCUCGCUGCCGGCCAUCGCAGCAUCUCUGACGCCUCUCCCCGCAUCGUCCAACAACCCAAAUCCGAGUGCGGGAGCAGGAAACCAUUCAAUCUCUACACUGGCGGCGGCCGCUCAGAAAAUGCUGACCAAGAAGCCGCUUGAAACAUCCUCCUCCUCUGCCCCCGUCGCUGCCGAAUCUGAACACCAACCUUCGGCAGGGACGAAGAACGCCGCACCACCUUCCUGUGAGCAUCCAUCUGGGGCCGUCACCUCGACGGCCAGUAUUUCCUCAGAAAGUAAACUGUUACCGGUCCGCUUCCCUCUAUCAGCCGAGGGGCUUUCAUUUGAGAAAUCACAAUUGGUAGAAGAAUUAGAGAAGAUCGAACGUGAAUUGCGAGAGAGAGCCCAAUGGUCAUCACAGGCCGGUAGCACGUCUGGCUCUCAGUCGAGUCAUAGUGCGGCUCUCAGCCCGGCAACGGCUGCUGCAUUGACGCAGAUGCUCAAUAUGGAUGUUGAAUUAAAUCGACCCGGCGGGAGUGGAAUGGGUGGCAGCACUCUACUGGGUCUGACCACACCGACACCCGUUAAUUUGGAAGACAUUGUUAAACUCCUUGAAGAGCUCCCUCCUCUUGAAUUUGAAUCUACCCGACCUUCACUCGCCCCACCUACAUCUGUGCCCAACCAGACUACGCCUUCCCCUUCAGUUCCUUCGAUCCUUCCACAGCCGGUGCAGCAGCAGCCGAGAGAGAGCGUCAUAGUCACGAACCCCAACGUUGUCGUCAGUAGCAGUUCCGCGCCCAGCACAAACGUCUCGAAUGCUGCGACGCCGGGUGCUGCCAUCUCACCGGCUUCACUACCCCCAGCCGAAAGACCCAAAGCCAAAGCAGUGAAGAAAGAAAACAAAAUUCUCAAGAAGCAGCAACAACAACAGCAGCAGCAGCAGCAGCAGCAGCAGCAACAACAACAACAACAACAGCAGCAGCAGCAGCAGCAGCAGCAGCAGCCAGUUCCCCAACAACAACAACAGCAACAGCCGCAACAGGCAUCCCAAAUUCAACAAGCACAUCAACAGCACUGGCUAGUUCCCGCUAAUGCUGUCCAACAGCAACAACAACAACAACAAUGCCAGCAAUUGCAGCAACUACAGCAACUCCAACAGCUUCAGCAGCUCCAGCAACUGAACCAACACCUUCAGCAGCAAGUGAUGCAACAGAGGCAUUUGAAGCAGCAAAACCAGGCCACUUUGGCCGCCCUGCAACAGAACGCCUUGCAGAACCAGGCGCAGUUGGCUGCGCUUCAGCAAAAUGUGGCGCAGCUUCAGCAGCUGGAGCAGCAAGUCUUGGCUCCGGCCUACACCGCCGGCGCCGCCCAGGGUCCAUCGGCGGCCGCGGCCACGGCUCAAUUCCAGCAGUGUGUCCAGCAGAUUCUCCAGCAAAAGCAGCAGCUCCAACAGCAGAUCCGCCAGUUUCAGCUCCAAGUUGAACAGCAGCUGGCCUUCCCUCAGCAGCAAAUCCCUCCUUUGUCUGCCGGGGCUGGUGGUGGAAGUGUUCAACCGACUACCGCCAGUCGAGUCGAAAGAAACAACCUCGAUGGCGAAGUUAUCGCGGACACGGCAGCCAUUGCAAAAUUUCCACCUUAUGACGAUGUUAACGGCGAUGAAGUGAAGUCUCCUGUCCGAGCCGAGAAACGCCCCAUUGACAACUCAUCGAGUGACGACUCGUCGAGCAGCUCGACAACUGGCGGCCUACAAGUGACUGGAGCGCCGGUGCCCCUCUUUGCGACUCAAGAUGUCUCUGUGGCCGCCGCAAAUAUCGGCAUCCAAGUCCAGAGCGCAGCGUUGCCCAACGGCUCGACGGCUCAAUGCGUCACGGGAAUCACCUUUCAACCCCUUUCUGGAACCAAUGUCUCUAUACCUUGUUCCGCCUAUCCAGGUUCGAACGCGCAGAUUGGAAAUGGAUCACCUUCGACCACGUUGAUUCACUAUCAACAACUUCAGUCUGGAACGACGACCAACGUCCAGACAGGGCCCGUUUCUGCGUCCGGUCUUCAAGUAGUCACUUCUCAAACACCAAGUUUGGCAAUUCACCAGCAAAUACGGUUGCAGUCGCUACAAAUGCCGACAGGUCAACCAGCUCUCGAGCCAAUGGUUUCUGCCGGCCCUACUUCUGUCGCUGCACCGGGCACUUUGGACACGAAAUGGUCGGGAUUUAAUAUGGGAACGUUUACGGUUCCACAUCCGCCAGCAACAACCGGCGAUCAGCAACAGCAACCUCAGAUUGCUGGAGGUUCGCUUCCCGUUUCCGUCCAAUUGGCCAGCUCCUCAACGGAUAAAAAAACAAAAACUGGUAAAAAAUCGAAAGUCGCAUCCACGGCAACGCAACAGCAAAUGUACUCUGCUCCUGCCACUGAUGCAAGCGGACUAGCCAUCGGAGGAAUGGGACUAACUGGUGUCAAUGGCGUAGUUCAAACUGGACAGGCGACUUUCGAUCCUGAUUUUGUGGAUUACGCUGACUACAAUCCCGACUAUUCUUCCUUCCUACCUGGUGUUGUACCGCCUGGAACGACAUCUGUCAAUCCAGGGUCUAUGGCAGCCUCGAUACCUUCAGCGCACUAUGCAAACAUGCCUGCAGGUGCUGCUGGGAUGACGUCUGCCGGUGGUCUUCCAGUUCCUGCUUCCGUUCCGCCGUCUGGAGCAUCAGUGGUGGCAGGAGGAGCAGCUGUCCCUGGCGCCACAUCGGCCAGCCAAUACAGUCAACCUUUGCUACCCAUGCUGGACCUGGACUCUGAGACGGACUCUAACCACGACACUGCGCUGACAUUGGCGUGCACCGGGGGCCACGAAGAACUUGUGGAGCUGCUCUUGUCCAGGAACGCCAAUAUCGAACACCGCGACAAGAAAGGCUUUACCCCGCUGAUCCUGGCCGCCACGGCCGGUCACGAGAAGGUGGUGGAGGUGUUGCUCAAUCACGGCGCCAACAUUGAAGCCCAGUCUGAGCGAACCAAGGACACGGCACUCUCCCUAGCGUGUUCGGGCGGUCGCUACGAAGUGGUGGAGCUCCUCCUCACCCGAGGAGCCAACAAGGAGCACCGCAACGUCUCUGACUACACGCCUCUCUCGCUGGCCGCCUCUGGUGGCUAUGUCAACAUCAUCCGGCUCUUGCUGGCCCACGCCGCUGAGAUCAACUCGCGCACGGGCUCUAAGUUGGGCAUCUCGCCCCUAAUGCUGGCCGCCAUGAACGGACACGUUGCCGCUGUCAAGACGCUGCUGGAAAUGGGCAGCGACAUCAACGCCCAGAUCGAGACGAACAGGAACACGGCGCUAACUCUAGCGUGUUUCCAAGGAAGACACGAGGUCGUGCAACUUCUCCUGGAGAAAAAGGCCAAUGUGGAACACCGUGCCAAGACUGGAUUAACUCCUUUGAUGGAGGCAGCCAGCGGUGGUUACGUUGAAGUCGGCCGAGUACUCCUGGACUAUGGCGCUGACGUCAAUGCGCCUCCCGUACCCUCUUCGCGCGACACUGCGCUCACCAUUGCCUCCGACAAGGGUCAUGUCGACUUUGUGGAACUUUUACUGCAACGGGGUGCCCAGGCGGAUGUCAAAAAUAAGAAAGGCAAUUCACCUCUGUGGCUCUCCGCAAAUGGUGGACACCUAGAAGUGGUAGAAUUGCUGUACAAAGCCAAGGCAGACAUCGAUUCGCAGGACAACCGCAAAGUGUCUUGCCUGAUGGCAGCUUUCCGCAAAGGCCACGUCAAAGUGGUCAAGUGGAUGGUGAAGCGCGUGACUCAAUUCCCCUCUGACCAGGAAAUGACGCGUUUCAUUUCGACGGCCGUCGACAAGGACCUGCUCAAAAAGUGCCACCAUUGCAUGGAGGUGAUCCGAGCGGCCAAAGACCACCAGGCGGCCGAGGCCAACAAGAACGCGGCCAAUCUGCUCGACGAGCUCGACAUGGAAAAGAUCCGAGAGGACUUGAAACGCGCCGCUGCGGCUCGCAAACGCGAGAAGAAGAAGCGCAAGAAGCAGGAGAAGAAACAAGAGAAGAGACGGGCAGAGAGCGACGACCUCGAUAACGAUUCACAGGAAAAUGGCAACGAUAAUGACGAUGAUAAAGAUGGCGAGAACGGAGAGGAUGCAAUGAGCGAAACAGGUGAUGUUGCUGAUUUUGUAGAACCUCCAACGAAUAACAACAAGGAAGUGGAAGAGAAGCAAUCUUCCAAAGCCAAGAAGAGUAAGAAAGGCGCCAAAACAGCCGCACCAGAUACCGCCAUCAGCGUGGAAGAUGCUGUCGUUGAAGUUCCGAAAAGAAAGGAGAAAGAAACGGAGACGGAGAAUCAACAGUUUACCAAGAAAACAUCUCCUCCACCACUGGUCACUACCAGCACCUUCGAAGAUUCGUCUCAAUUGACGAGCCGGGCCAGCAAACGGAAGAAGGAAAACGUGUUGUUGGAUACUUUGAUUAUCACAACCGACAAAUCGGCCAAGAUGCCUACCCCUCCAAGUCAACAGCAGCAACGUAACGGGCCGGAAUUGGACACACUGAAAGAAAUGAAUAAUCUUCCAUCGGCUCUGAAAUCUUUGUCGCCCACUUCUCUGACGAGUCCCAAACGGCCCGUCAAGAGGGAAGAAGGAUGGAAAGAAGUUGUACGUCGAGGGCCAGUCAGCAGUCGGGAGAAUUCCAGCUCGAAUUUGGGCUCUGGAGCCGGAGCCAAGAAGAGUCAGUCGAGCGACCGAUCCUCGGGCACUUUGUCCGUCAUCCAGAGCUCUGAACGGUCCAAGAAAGUGACUGUCCCUUCGAACGCCAUCAGCCGUGUCAUUGGCCGUGCCGGAUGCAACAUCAACGCCAUCCGCGAGAUCUCUGGUGCUCACAUUGAAAUCGAAAAGCAAGGAAAAGGUCAAGGUGAUCGUACGGUUUUGAUAAAAGGUCUAGCAGAAUCCAUCCGCCAAGCACAGCAACUCAUCAGCGCAUUGAUCAAAGAACCUGAAAAAGAGUUUAACGAGUUAAUGGCCAAAUUCCGAGCCGCCAAUGCAGCGGCUAAAGCAGGAGCUUCCGCCACAGGCGCCGGAGUGAAAUCCGCGGCCGCAACGACUGCAUCUGCUGCAUCUCAGCCUAAAGUAACCCGAUCCGCCACGACAAUAGCUUCCAGUAAGCCCACAACAACUGCCCCAGUGUCUGGCCAGCCUGCGCCUGUUCCAAGUACUGUUGCAUGGGGAGCUAUCAAUACUCUGAUUGUGGCUGCAUCUUCGCCCAAAAAGGUAGUGUCUACCUCGGGAUCGAAGACCCCACCCGUUACGUCGGCUCCUUUACUCGUUCAGCAGCCGCAACAACAACAGCAAAAGAGCGGAGCUGUGCGUCAAUUGUUUCCAGAAGCGAAUCCGGCAGUGAUCGCACCCGCAGCAAAGAAAGCCAAUGCCAGCGUUCCAGCUGCUACUACAUCCUCUGCAGCGAUGAAGCCAGUUGUGUCUUACACCGUGGCCGGUAGCAGCGCGUCAGUUCCAACUACCAGUGGUUCAGCCUCGACGCGCACUACCCCGGUCAUUUCGGGUCAAAGCCCAGCACCACCGGCCAAACUGUCUCCACAGCAAAUCGCUCCUCAGGCGCAAUCUAAGGCGUCGGAUAAAACAUCUCCUCUCAUGUCUGCCUCUCUAGCGACAAGUCAACAACAGCAAAUUUCAGUCCAACAGCCGCCGCAGCCUGCGACCUCGCAAGCGCAGAUGAACCAAUUGGGUCCCGUCUGCAGUGGCCAAGCCCAACACGUUUCUGGUCCAUGUUCGGUCUCUGUUCCCAAUUCAAACAGCUUGGUUUCUUCAAGACCCAAUUCUGCCAGCCCUGUUCAAGAUUAUUCGCCAUUUAACAAUCUCUUCAGCAAAGUGGCGCAACAAACCAUGUGGGCCAGAGAGCUCCAGCAACAACAGCAGGGUUCGAAAUCAUCGUCAAAGAAUUUCGCCAGCGUGGCUGCUGCGGGAGUCAGUCCCAUACCAUCUAAGACUCCCACGUCCUUGUCUAACUCCUUAACCGGCCACCAGGCGGACCUUGGACCAUCUCUUCACGUUGUGGAUGCAGCGAAAGCACCUGGCUAUCGCGGGAAUUUAACAGCCUCCAACCAAUCGCAGAGUGAAAUGUCUUCGAUGGAAUUACCGACCUCUUUGGCGUCGAGCGCUCCCGGAACACCUAUUCCCAGCUCUUGUCCCAUUCGAGCUCCGGUCGGCAGUCGCCUGCAUCCAUUGACGCCUCCGCCAAGGAUUGGGACGCCUCCGCUCUUUAACCCGACACCGAUUCAACCUUUAGGUCCAGUCGGAGCUCGCAACAUGCAAUCGAACCAGCAGCCAUCGGGCGGUCCGCCAGAUUCGCACAUGAUGCCUCCGCCACCAGCUGCUUCGCUGGCUCCUGGCGGUCCAUCGGCCACCGUGCGGAUGCGGCCCGCCACGGCGACAAGUCGAAUGCAGCACGAGCCUGCCCAGCAGCAGUCUCAGUUCGACGGGUUGCCAAUGCCCAAUUUCUACGGAAUCACGAGGCCAACAGGACCCAUGGGCGGCGGAGGAGAGAAUAUGCGACAGGCACCAUCAUUCCCCCUAGCGCCCGGAAUGGGCGGACCCCCGAGGUAUAACAACCCUUCCUUAUCAACCACGUUCUCGGCGUCGACGAAAUUGAAUCCCAACGCUCCGGAUUUCGCUACCAGCAGGGGAGGAGGUGGCAGUGGACCACAGCAGCAAGGCUAUCCGGCCCAAAUGUACGGCGUUGGCAAUCGAAUCUCUUUCCCUCCGUCUGGCUAUGGCCUCGGUUCAGCCAACGGCGGUGAUAUGAAACAACAUCAGCACAUGCCAACCCAGACGUUCGGGACCGACUACCCUCCACCUAUUGGCACACCGUUUGGCGCUUCGGCCAAUGACCUUCAUCGUAUGAUGGGAUACCCCGGACCUGGGGUAGCCAACAGGAUGUCUGGUCCGCCUCCUUCCACCCAAACGGGUGGGGGAUUGCUAGAUGGUAAUUCAGGAGGACAAAAUCACGACGCGUACGGUGCUUCGGGAGGACCUCCCCAACACCAACAGCACCAGCACCCGCAACAUCGUUCCAUGCAGGACGAUCAACGCAAACUGCUGAGACCUAUCGGCACCGAGCGCAACAUGACUCGUCGGACUCCUGGACCUCCUCACGGGACUGGGGUCGGUUUCUCACCUGCCGACCUCGGCUUGUGGGGCUUCCACACGGCUCCUGGUGCCGAUAUGAAUGCCAGUGGCGCUGGACCCAUGGCACCUCCUCUGUCCGCAAUGAAUCCAUCGACUUUGCCCCCUGGCCUCAGUCCCAAUGAUUGGAUGGCACUUUCAGGACUCCAUGGACCAAAUGUGUCUGUUCCGGCGCCCAACGCCAAUGACGACGGCGGCCUGUCUUAUCUGCAACAAAAGCAAGGAAUGGGCCACCAUCACCACCAGCACCAUCACCAUCACGCUCUGCUGCAGCGCCAGAUGGAGGGCAUGUCGGAUGGAAAUGAAUCUCUUGAAAUGCAAUUCUCUGCCCAGUCGGGGGUCGGAAUGAACGGAGGACCUAACUCGAAUGCGCCGUAUCACCAACACCACGGAGCCGCUUUUAUGAAUGGCAUGCCUCCACCGGGCAUGCCUGGCGGACCAAUGGGACCGAUGUUCGCAGGUGGACCUGCAGAACAACACGGGGUUGAUAGUGUUAACGGAAUGUGGAUUGGACCUGGCUCCAACAUGAAGGGUAAAGGGAGUGGGCCGUCGCCCAACUCUAUUGUGGGUGACCAGCAACUCUCUGAUGCUGGCAUGGUUUGGUUGAAAUGGAGCCAGCAAUAAAGACACGAUAACAAAUGAUCGUAAAGACAAUGAUACAAAAAAAAAGCAAAGAAGACAGCCAUUAAAAGGCAACUUCAUCAUAAAAAAUAACAGUUGGGAUAUUCAUUGUAUCUGGAAGGAAAGAGUCGACAAAAUGAGGCAAUGGAAUCUGAAGAUAUUUCCCAAUCAUGUGUAUGUGUAUUUUUUUUUUUUUAAUUUUUUUUUUUCCUUUUUUUUAAUUUUCAUUUUUCCUUUUGCCGUACGACCUAUUCAUGAGCGCGACUCUCGGAAUUUUUUUGACCCAAUUGUCAUCUGUUAGAAUGUAGAUAUGAUUCUUUGGGUUUAGAUUAAACAUACACAACCAA